GGCCGGGGUGUGGAAAGUGUGGCGGCCCCGCCCCGCCUCUUGGAACUACCGCGGCCGCCACCGCUGCCGCUAUCGCCGCCGCCGUAGGGGACCGGCGCGGGUACGCAGGCGAAAGGAGCUCUUUCUUUGCUGAAAGUUCCCUCCGAAAAGCUACCAUCUCCCCAGCCCACCAUGGCGGAUGAAAUUGAUUUCACUACUGGAGAUGCUGGGGCUUCCAGCACUUACCCUAUGCAGUGCUCGGCCCUGCGCAAAAACGGCUUCGUGGUGCUCAAAGGACGACCAUGCAAAAUAGUGGAGAUGUCAACUUCCAAAACUGGAAAGCACGGUCAUGCCAAGGUUCACCUUGUUGGAAUUGAUAUUUUCACUGGCAAAAAAUAUGAAGAUAUUUGCCCUUCUACUCACAACAUGGAUGUUCCAAAUAUUAAGAGAAACGAUUAUCAACUGAUAUGCAUUCAGGAUGGUUACCUUUCCCUGCUGACAGAAACUGGUGAAGUUCGUGAGGAUCUUAAACUGCCAGAAGGUGAACUAGGCAAAGAAAUAGAAGGAAAAUACAAUGCCGGUGAAGAUGUACAGGUUUCUGUCAUGUGUGCAAUGAGUGAAGAAUAUGCUGUAGCCAUAAAGCCCUGCAAAUAAAUGGGAACAUGAGGCAUGGGCAAACCAUGGAGGUCUGGAUCAACUGCAGAUCUAAAGUUUGGUUCUAAGUUGUCACCAAAGCUAUGGCCUUCAUAAGCCACCUCAUUUAUUUUUUAUUUGUUUUCAAAUUGUGCUGAGUUAGUUUUGCAGGCAGUUGGUAAUUUAAAAGAGUAAUCAAGAUGUAUAAUUCUUUUUUUUUUUUUUUAAUUUUGUAGCUGUUGUUCCUAUAACAUUCCUGUGUUUUUUCUGUAUGUGAGUCUAAGAAACAGACAAGGUAGCUUCAGCAGAUAUGAUUUGUCUGAGCAAAUCAUUCCUGAAUGAUUUAAACGAUAAACAAACCAGGGUUUAAAAUCAAACAAUGUAGCAUCUAGUGGUAUUGAAGUACCACAUUUAAGUUGAAUUGCUCUGUGUUAAUUUCAGACUUAAUAUCAUAGAGUAAGUAAAUUAUGGAUUGGAGCUGUCACAGUGUCAGCCUGUGUGUGGCAAGCAGAAAAACUUAAACAAAAAUGUUAUCAAAAAGUGUCAGUUAUCUUAGUAGCCAUGUGUAGCCACAUGUAUUGCCUUGGUCAUACUCUUCUUUGCCAAAUUGUUGGCCGACUUAAUAUAACCUUAUAUAUGAGGUCUGACAAUUAAGUUCGCGAACUCAUCCUAGAAAAAGUGCUACAUACCUCAUUGCUGAAUAUCACU